ACCUGUGUCGUAAAGUGAACUUAAAAGUAUGUCGGUGACAUAGAGAUAAAUAUUGACUUUGCGGUUCUAUUUUGCGAUGCUUUGAGUUUAUUGAUCCAAAAUGUUAACUGCAUGUUAAAUGCUUAAAACAAAGUAACACAGUGUGAGUGUUAUUGGAUACGAAUUAAAGUUGUGAUAUCUGUCAACUACGGAUUACAUUCAAUUAAGGUCAAUUAACGUUCAUUAAAAGUGUAAUUAUAUACGUAUACGCAGAAGAAAGUUAUGUAGCUGUGUUAAGGUAAAAUCUGGAGCACGUUUGCAUUUUAAAAACAUGAACAAUUGAAGAUUUUCCUAGAAAUGAUCAUGUAUCAACGCUGACUAAACACCAAUCACUCAAAACCAAUGCAUUGGUUGGUCGAAUCUAAGCGAACGUGUUUUGUAACUAUUUGAUGAAUUAGAACGGAUUAUAAAAGUUAAUACACACACUUUGAAAAUCACAUUAAAGUACGUGAAGCAAAUCAUUCACUGAUCGUGCACGAGAACUCAAGGACGCGGAUAACACAUGGGAAAACAAAUAGCGUUUUAUAUAACAUGUAUGAAGUCAACUUUGAAUUGUAAAAGGAACUGAAUCAUACUAGGAGAUUUAACAUACAUUUGAUUGUUAAGGGUUGAAAGGACUAGGCCCUGCGAAAAACAUUAGACUAGUCUUCUAUUACCGGCUAUGGGUCGGCGCCAAAACAACAACUCUGAGCACGUGGAAGUGGAAGAGUUCCAUCCGCUAAACGCGGAGGCCGCGGGGGACGAACAGCCCGAGGGUGGGGACAAGCAAAAGGAGGAACUGUACGGCAAGCCAUUGCAGUUUGAUCCCAAGUUCCGAGGACCCAUCAGUAAAAGAUCGUGUACAGACAUAAUAUGCUGCUUCAUCUUCAUGGUGUUUGUGGUAGGCAUGGCAGUCGUUGGCUACUUUGCAUUCUCUUACGGAGAUCCCCGCCUACUUCUGUAUCCUAUGAACUCGGAUAAGCAGCUUUGUGGAUAUGGAGAACAAAAAGGGAAGAACAACCUUUUAUUUUAUGACCUACUGGCAUGUGGCAAGAUGGGGGCCGGAGUUUUCGUAGAUGGCUGUCCAACCACUCAGAUUUGUGUCGAGGAAUGCCCAACAAAAAAUGUGUAUUAUAAACUUGGCAGUAUUCCUGGGGCAGAUGUUGCUGAGUUGAGAAAGUUCUGCAAGACAGGGUUUGAAACUGGAGGGGAUCUCGACAAAUAUGUGAAGAAUGAGUCAUGUCCCGCAUACAUUCUGGAAAGUAAACCAAUUUUACAUCGAUGUGUCCCCAAAGUGCUAGCCGAUCUUAUUGAUGAGAUUGGCUCAUUGGAGAGCAAUUUGAAGAACGCCAGUAUCACCACGGUGACAGACAAGAAUGGCAAUGACUUUACACAGACUGAUAUUGUAGACAGCUUGGAUGCAUAUGGUCUGUUCCUGAAGGCAAAGGAAUACGGGGAGAAGGUCAUCCAGGACGUGGUCGCCUCCUGGUGGAUGAUCCUUGUAGGUUACCUGCUGGCUAUGACGAUAUCCCUUCUUUGGAUCAUACUGAUGCGCUGGAUUGCCGGCGUCAUGGUUUGGCUUACCUUGUUCCUCUUUGUGGCUGUAUUUGGAUUCUCAUCCUUCUGGUGUAUGAAGGAAUAUUUUGGCGUAAAGGACACAGAACAGUCUUUCCACAUACACAUGGCAGUAUUGACAUUCACAUUCUCAAAGGAGAAAUUCUGGCUCGGGUUUGGAAUAUUAUCCAUCGCAAUCCUGGCCAUAGUGCUGCUGAUUUUACUCAUUCUUUGCCAGAGGAUUCGGAUUGCCAUAGCCCUCAUUAAAGAGAGCAGCAGGGCAGUUGGAAGCAUGCUGAUGACCCUGAUUUUCCCAGUGUUCAUCUAUGUCCUAGAGGUGGCCAUCAUCGCAUACUGGCUUCUCUCCUCUGUUUACUUAGCGUCAUCUGGUCGAGAGCCGACCUUUGACCUAAUGAACGGCACUGACACCAUCUUUAGCAAUGGAUCGUACAACUACGAUGUUAUUAAGAGACAGACAGGAAGCUUGUUUGAGGAAAUACCUUGUGAUAAUGAGGUGAAUACAACACUGAGUGAGUUGUGUGGAGUGUUAAAGCAUGCGCAGGAGGGCAAGUACACAAUAUACCUCCAGAUUUACAACCUGUUUAUGUUGUUCUGGCUGGUCAACUUCUGUAUCGCCCUCGGGGAGAUGGCCCUUGCUGGGGCGUUUGCCUCAUACUACUGGGCGUUUGAGAAACCACGUGACAUACCGACAUUUCCACUGUUAAACUCCGUGGGCAGGUGCUUCAGGUACCACCUGGGCUCGCUUGCUUUCGGAUCUCUCAUUGUAGCCAUUAUACAGAUCAUCCGGGUCUUCCUGGAGUACCUAGACCACAAGCUUAAAGGAUCAGAAAAUCCAGUUGCUAGUUUCAUCAUGAAAUGCUUGAAGUGCUGUUUUUGGUGCCUUGAAAAAUUUAUCCGCUUCCUGAACAGAAAUGCAUACAUCAUGGUUGCCAUCCAUGGGAAAAACUUCUGUUCUUCAGCCAAAACUGCUUUUUUGUUGAUCAUGAGAAAUGUCGUCAGAGUGCUAGUUGUUGACAAGGUGGUGGACUUCCUGUUGUUUGUUGGCAAGUUGUUAGUGGUAGGAGGAGUAGCCUGUGCAUCAUAUUUCUUCUUUGAUGGUCAGAUUGAGUUCCUCAAGACCUACCAGCCAUCUCUGAACUUUUAUGUUGUCCCAGUCGUGCUGGUCACGAUCGGGUCGUAUGUCGUUGCUUCCUGUUUCUUCAGCGUGUACAACAUGGCAGUUGAUACGCUGUUCCUCUGCUUCUUGGAAGACUUGGAAAGAAAUGAUGGCUCCGAUAGUAAGCCAUACUUUAUGCCGAAAAACUUGAUGAAAAUCCUCGGCAAAAAGAACCAACCUACAAAACCAGAAUAACGUGAUUAAAAUUUAAAAAAAACAAUGACAUGAAAGACAAAGUGAACAAUUAGAAAGCUUCUAAAGAACGCAAAUGAGAUGUUGGCUUUUGCUGGAAUUUAACAUUUCUGAGAUCAUUGACACAGGAGUAACAAACUGAAAAAUAUUCUUUUUGAAUAAAAAAAUAUUGCUUCAAUUUAAAUUACAUAUUUUGCAACAUAAGAAUUGUGAAAAGAAUAGAAGAUAUUUAUAAACUUUAUUUAAACAAAAAAGGAGUUUCUUACCCUUGUGUCAGUGUCUGGGGUGUAAAAAACAGUAACAGUUUUCACCCCACCAAAAUAUUUACACAUUAAAUUUUAAAUUGCUAACAAUAUGCAAAGAAUGUAUUUUUGUCUCCGCAUAAAAAUGAAUUUAAUUCAAAUGUAUGUGGGCAUUCUGUGUUACUUUUUUGACACAAAUUGUAAAUAUAUUUUUUGAACAUCUAGUUAUUGACUGAUUUAUGGCGUACAUAAAUUAAAGGGGCAUCAAAGGACCAAUGUCAUCAGAUAUUAAAUUCUACUUAUAGAUCAUGUUAAGAUCAGUUAUUGAAUCCGCAAAUUGAAACUAGCUGUGUCUUAUAGGACCAAUUAAACCAUUUGUUUCGAAAUGAGUAACAUUAGCAACAUUACUUCUUGGUUUACCAGUACGCAAAAGUGAUUGUACGAGAUGAUCUAGAUAAGAGGACCCUUAUAUAUGAUGUAUAUAUAUAUAAUACACAUAUAUGUAGUUUAAAGAAAGUCUUUGUCCAAACAGUUUGCGUCACAAGAUGGUUGUUAAAUCAUUAUUGUAGAUUGGUGUACAAUGUACAUCAUUCAAAGAGCUAUUUAUGUGAUAAAUAUUCUAGAAUCAUACUUUUAAGAAGUUUGAAAUGAGUUCUGUAGUAUAUUUUAAACUAUAAGAUUGUUUAUUUGAAAAUUUAUCCUCGAUUCAAAUAUGAUAAAACUCAAGAUACUUGUUUUGAAUUUUUUAUUACUUUUUAAUUGAAUAGUAAAAUCGUACAAAAUGUUACUUGGAACAUUGCAAUGCUUUAUUUUUCUACAUGAACUGUUUGCAAAUUGACUUUGCAUUUCAAAUCUUUGAUGCAUUGAAUGAUUGUGACUUUAAGUGUGCCCUUAUUCCAAAAAGUGCUUUUCAAAUUAAAUGCAACAUCUAUAGCCUGUUGGUCAACUAUUGACUUCAAAGGAAAGUGACUACAGUCAUCAGAAAUUUGGCAAAUACUUUGACUUAUCACAAUGAACGAACAACCAAAUAGGCGAGCUCAUAUUCCUGCAAAACAUCCAUAUAUGUACAGUUUGGCUUGGUUUUGCAUCAUCCAACCAAUUAAAUCGUAGUUUUAAAUUAUGCUCACAUGGAAAAUACAGUUACAAACAAGUCUCUGAAGUUUCUGAAUACUUACUGUUCAAAACCUCUUUUGACGGAACAAAUUGAUUGCCUCAUCGUGUGACCAUGUUUUUAUUAAUUGAUAGACUAGUACACUUUGCAAUGCUCAUUUGCAAACAGUAGAAUUUUAUAAUGCUCCAUAUUGUAUGAAAAGUAUAUUAUUGUGAUAACCAAUUCAAGUAUUUUUUUUAUUCAAUACUGUUGAAUUGUCAGUCAUUUCUUUGUUUUGUAAACAUGAUUGUGCAAGUAAAGAAUUACUCUGUAUCACAUAAAUGAGCAGAUAUUGCAGUAAAAAAUGGGGAUGGUCCAGGUGUCCGCCUCUCACUGGUUCGAUCCCCGCCAGAGCAAGAGUUUUCUAGUGGUAUAGGUGUCUGUCUCUAACCCAAAAGGUGCUGGGUUUGAUCCCCACCAGGGUAUGAGUGAUCUAUUGGUAAAUAUGUCUGCUUCUCAUCCAAGAGAUGGAGGGUUUGAUCCCUACCAAUGGAAUAUCCUUCAGGCCUCUUAAAACGGUCGCCAGUUCUGGUUUCUUCCAAGGAAACAGACUCCAGAGUGAUUCGUAUCAGCUUAAAGCCAUCUUCACAAUUAAGCUAAAAUAAGUUAUUAUAAACAUUUUUAAACAUUUCAAAUCCAUUGUAGUUAGGCUUUGUCCAAACCAGUCAACCAGAUUUUUACUUGAUAUGGUGAACUUAAUAUCAUAAGAAUUUUUAUUUCUGAGUAUUGAUUUAUAUAUACAUGGUAUAUGGGAAACAAGAAUUUUGUAGUUAUUUUUCUAGAUACAGAAUAUUUUUUUGUGUACGAGGUGUUAUGAAUUUUUAUAGACAAUCACUUUAUAUAUAACCAAUCAUUGUUAUUUUAGUUGGAAAAAUGUAUUUGUAAGUAUUCAUGCACUGUUUUGAAGAAAAUUAUUUUUGUAAGAUAUAUAAAAAGAAUUCCUUAAUGAAAAUUUCCUUCAAAGGAAAGUGUGCACCUAUCAUAGUUUGACUUCAUUUACAAUGUAUAUGAACGACCAACAAUGUUGUAUUGUUUCAACAGUUUUAUAGAUUGGAAAACUAAGAAACAAAACAUACAUUUCUUGAUCAAUAUUGUUGACACACUAUCACCGUUCAUUUUACUGAUAGGUGGAAUAGUAAGUCUGUGCUUAGACUGUCAUUUUAAAAUUUUCUAAUUUUUGGUCAUUUUUUUUUUUUAAUGUGCGAGCGACAGUAUUUGAUGAUCAGUUAUAAUGUGUCUAUGGUCUGUUUGAAAACAAGAAUACAUUAUGAGGGAUCAUGCCAUUUCAGUGAAAGUUUAUAACACACUUUAGAAUACAUCCUACAUUUUCAGCCAAUGGAAUUAAAGAUUAGCAAUAUUUAGUACUAAGCUGAAUCAUUAAGAAUUUCAACUUUCUCGGUUGGUCCCCCUGCUGCAACUCGCCCAAAACACACUCCCUGCGUCAGAUUUUGCAUUGACAAUGUGUUGGCCAAUGUAGAUGUAUUCUAUGUAAUUUCUUAAUGAUUAAAAAGGGCUUGUUUGCUACACUCACUGUGCCCAUUCUUAAUCGUUAAGAUUUUACUUCAUGUCAUAUAGCUAUUAAUUUCAUGAAUAUGAUGAAUACUAUUUAAUUCAUUUUAUUACUUAUUAAAUGGACCCUGUGUUGUUGUUGUUAUUAUUAUAAUUAUUGAUUAAAAUUAAUGUAGUUUGUUUAUGAAUUUAUAUAAAUCAUAAUUAUAUAUAAUUGUAUUUUUUAUUUUCUUUCACUUUGUGAAUUCCUUCUUUCAACUUUUACAAUUUGAUUAUAGAUCAUUAAAAAGUGUUGUGUCUGAUUGUAAUUUAUAGCCCUUUGUCAUUUGUAAUUUAUAAACAUGUCAUGUAAUUUAUAUACUUUAAAAUUUCAAGUGUCUUAAGCAAGCAGUCAAUGCAUUCGAACUGUUUGUAUAUUUGCAUAUAUAUAUAGCAGUCUUGUUGACCAAAAACUAUGUUUCUUUUUGUUGAAAAAUGUGUCUUGUCAUCUUUACUUUUCUAAUAAAAUGUAUUAAAAGUGUC